UCAAGAUUUAUGUACAUACAUAAGAUUCAACUCCAAAGAUACAAGUAUAUAUUAUAAGUAUAGCUUCUAAAUAUAUAUUAAGAUUGAGGUAUUGCACAAAAUUACUUUUCAAUAUCAUUGUAUAUUUUUGUUUUUUAAGUUUCUAAGGUCUUCUUGCCAUAUUAGUUAGUCUUAAAUAUAGAAUUCAGGAAUAUUAUAUUAUCUACGGUUUUGGGUGCAAGUCGAUUUCUUUUAUCAGUUAUUAAAUUGCCUGCCAAGGAAAAUACACGUUCAGACGCCGCACUACUUGCAGGUUCAUUGGACGCCGAGGAAUGCCCCAGAAGAUGUUUAGCGACAACGCCACCAAUUUAGUCGGCGCCGACCGCAAGCGAAGGAGGCGUUUCUAGCAAUGGGUCCAGACCUGAAGAGAUUCGCAGCAGACGAAGGGUGCAGCUUCAUCUUUAUACCACCGCGGGCGCCGCACUUCGGCGGGUUAUGGGAAGCCGCGGUGAAGUCCGCUAAGCAUCACGUCGUUUGCGUAAUCGGCAACGCGCUACUGACCGCAAAGGAACUGUCAACCCUACUGGCAGAAGUGGAGGCCAUCCUCAAUUCUCGGCCCCUAACACCGUUGAGCCAGAACCCCAACGACGGCGAGGCACUAACCCCAGCGCAUCUGCUGAUAGGGUGCUUCCUGCGAGUAUUACCUCCAGAGCAAGUGACAGUGGACCCAGUUCGUUGUUGCGAGAGAUGGCAACUUGUUUGCUGUCUCAAGCAACAGUUCUGGCGACAGUGGUCCAAAGUACGAGUAUAUCUGACGGGACUUCAGGAACGCAACAAGUGGCUGCAUCCCACUCGCAAUCUGCAGCUCAACGACCUCGUCCACGAGGACAACGUGCCGCCACAGCAGUGGGUACUCGGAUGCGUCGUCGCCACCGUCGAAGGGCAAGACGGCAAGGUACGAGUCGCAGACGUGGCGACUAAGGCGGGCACAAUUAAGCGUCCCAUCCACAAGCUGGCCUUGCUUCCAAUGGAGGUUGAAGGAAAUUGAUCCUGUCAAGGUGGCCGGUGUUGCGUCAAGCGACAUAUCUACAAAUUUAUACCUAAAAUAAAAAUAAAAAAUGAAUUGUAAAAUAUUGAAUUAUAAAAAUUAUAAACUAUUGAAUUGUUAAAAAUUAAAUUAAGAAAAUCUAUUAUAAAAUCCUUACCUUGAUAAGGCAUUCGUAAUACCAAUCUUCUACUUUCCUCAAUACUUACCAUAAUCUGUUACAAUAUUGAACGAAAUGUUGAAGAUGAUUAUCCUUACCCCUUAUUAAUACAUAUUUAUGUUACCACUAGUUUAAGCCGUUAGUUUUAAGAUUUAGGCUUAGCAAUUAGAUUAAGAAAUAAUAAACUGGCUUUGUAAUUGAACCGCUGAACUGAA